AAUGUCGCCAUCUCCACCCUCUUCUAGGGCCUGGAGGACCCCGCUAGGAAGGCGGGUCGGCUUGGCUCAUGGGGGUGGUGGUGGUGGUGGUACCGAGGGAUGGACCGGGCUCGGGAAGGCUGGGUUAAAAGUCCCUGUGAUGGGGGCUUGCGGGGUCUGGGGACCGGGCCAUUUGCACUUGUGUAGCUGCCUCUUAAGGGCCCUUCCGGCUCCAAACCCAUCUGAACCACCAGCUGUCGGCCAAUGGCACCGUGUUCACCUGCCCCUCCGCGCCCCCAUCCAAGCCACAGGCCUCGCCUGGGCCUUCUACUUCAACCUCAGCAAACUUUCCUUGCUGAGCCCUCCAGUAAACCCCCCACCCCCGACGCCAAUGCCCUUCCUUUGGACUUUUGCCCUGCUGUUGUCUCCACCUCACCUUCCCAUACCCUCUUGCUCCUUGCCCACUGUGAUUGUUGCCUGUCCCCCCCCAUUGGACUGGGUCAUGAGGCAACCAGUCUAAAGAACAUCCUCGGUCCAACAGGUGGGUGGAUCCACACUGCUAGUCAGAUUAGCUUCUCCCCGAUUGUGUGGGUCAUUCCCUCCCUCCAGCCCUGGCCCACCUUCCUUGUCCCCUCAUGCUGCUGCACUAUCUCAGCUCCUUAGCCGAGCAGUUGCUUGAGGGUAUUGUUUCUUUUGGGGCUACCUCAUCUCUGUGGGUAGGGACCCUGUCAGUCUCAUAAACUGCCCACUGGGAGUAAAGUGGGUAGUCUGGCCUGCCAGGCCAAGGCUGGGAGGGGGUCCCAGGGCAGGGGCACUGAAAAGACAAAAUGGGGACUUGAAGGUUGGCUUUGCUAUGGCGGACCUUGUGCUCUUUACGCUGGCCAUUGCAGCCUCAUCUUGGUCUGAGUGUGUCACCCAGACAUCUGACACAGGGACACCGGAGUGUGACUUUAGACUUGAGAGCUGGUCAGAUGGUAGGUUUCAUGCUUAGAGGGAAGCCCAAAGCAGCUGGGGCACAUUGCUGCGCACCCCCACCCCCCCCAACAGCUCGGGGCGCUCACCACCCUUUCCCUGCAGGACAGCCAUGCUGCGCUUGUUGGGCUGGCUGGCACUCUACAGCCUGGCUGUGCUGCUGCUUAGCCGCCUGCUCAUCCGCAAGGAGACCAUGCCAGUGGGGGGCCCUGUGGCUCACCAGCCCUUCUGGGCUUCGCCUGGACCCCGCCACAGCCAGUGUCUGCCCAAUCACAUGGUGGCCAAUGCCUCCCUGACCCUACCCAGCCGCCACCGCCUCUUCUUGACCUAUCGUCACUGCCGCAACUUCUCCAUCCUGCUGGAGCCUCCAGGCUGUGCGGAGGACACGUUCCUGCUGCUCGCCAUCAAAUCACAGCCAGGCCAUGUGGAGCGGCGAGCAGCCAUUCGGGCCACAUGGGGCCGGGUGCGAGGUCUACCGCUGAAGCUGGUGUUUCUCCUCGGGGUAGCGGGACCCCCACCCCCUGCCCAGCUGCUAGCCUAUGAGAACCGGGAGUUUGGGGACAUCCUGCAGUGGGGCUUCGCUGAGGACUUCUUCAACCUGACGCUCAAGGAGCUGCACCUGCAGCGCUGGCUGGCUGAGGCCUGCCCCCAGGCCCAGUUUGUGCUCAAGGGAGAUGAUGAUGUCUUCGUCCAUGUCCCCAACAUGCUCGAGUUUCUGGAUGGCCGGGACCCAGGCCAGGACCUCCUGGUGGGAGAUGUCAUCUGCCAGGCCCUGCCCAAUAGGAACACCAAGGUCAAAUACUUCAUCCCCCCGUCCAUGUACAGGGCGCGUCACUACCCACCCUACGCCGGGGGUGGCGGCUACAUCAUGUCCAGAGCCACAGUGCGUCGCCUGCACAUGGCCGCCGAGGCGGCAGAGCUCUUCCCCAUAGAUGAUGUCUUUGUAGGCAUGUGCCUGCAGCAACUGGGCAUCAGCCCCACGCACCACGCAGGCUUCAAGACGUUUGGGAUUCGGAGGCCCCUGGACCCCCUGGACCCCUGCCUGUACCGAGGGCUCCUGCUGGUGCACCGCCUCAGCCCUGUGGAGAUGUGGUCCAUGUGGGCACUGGUGACCGACGAGGGCCUCCAGUGUGCUGCUCCCCAGCCUCGAGGGACAGGCUGAGCAGCAUCCGGUGGACACUGAAGAUGGCCCACCACUAUGGGAGGCAGGGCCCUUUGCUGGCCUGCAGGCGGCGGCUCUGUUCUGUACACCCUCCAAUAAAAUCCCAGGGUUGGCUGACUGCA